AUGGAUCGGUCAAAAGUCCUUCAAUCAACGGCCGGGAUCAUCCUGUCGUUUGCCGACUCGCCGUGUUUCUGUCAUCCGAGCCGGAUCUUACACGAUGAACUCGUUAAAACUGCCAAAUCAAUUGCAUCUCCUGGCCGUGGUAUCCUUGCCAUUGACGAAUCAAAUGCAACCUGUGGAAAGAGGUUGGCAUCUAUUGGAUUGGACAAUACAGAACCCAACAGACAGGCGUAUAGGCAACUUUUACUGACCACUCCUGGUCUGGGUGAAUAUAUUUCUGGUGCCAUUCUUUUUGAGGAAACACUCUACCAGUCAACGACAGAUGGGAAGAAGUUUGUUGACUGCCUGCGUGAUGAGAACAUUGUGCCUGGCAUCAAAGUUGAUAAGGGUUUAGUUCCACUACCAGGAUCCAACAAUGAAUCUUGGUGCCAAGGAUUAGACGGAUUGGCUUCUAGAUCCACUGAAUACUAUAAGCAAGGGGCUCGUUUUGCAAAGUGGCGCACAGUUGUCAGCAUCCCUUGUGGUCCUUCUGCUUUGGCUGUUAAAGAAGCUGCAUGGGGUCUUGCACGUUAUGCUGCUAUUUCUCAGGACAAUGGUCUGGUCCCGAUAGUGGAACCUGAGAUUCUUCUUGAUGGGGACCACCCAAUUGAGAGGACACUUGAAGUCGCCGAGCAAGUUUGGGCAGAGGUCUUCUACUACUUGGCAGAAAACAAUGUUACAUUUGAAGGUAUUUUGCUAAAGCCUAGCAUGGUGACACCUGGGGCUGAACACAAAGAGAAGGCUUCUCCCGACACCAUUGCCAAAUAUACUCUGACCAUGCUCCAGAGGAGAGUACCUCCUGCAGUUCCUGGAAUCAUGUUCUUGUCAGGAGGACAAUCAGAAGUGGAAGCAACACUGAACCUGAAUGCUAUGAACCAGACCCCCAACCCAUGGCACGUAUCCUUUUCUUAUGCACGUGCCCUGCAGAACUCUGUGCUCAAGGCAUGGCAAGGACUUCCUGAGAAUGUAGAAGCUGCACAAAAGGCGCUUUUGGUGCGUGCAAAGGCGAACUCCCUGGCCCAACUUGGAAGGUACUCCGCUGAGGGUGAGAACGAAGAAGCUAAGAAGGGAAUGUUUGUUAAGGGCUACACUUACUGA